UACAUUCAUUAUCAGUUGUCUUGGAUUUGGAGAGAAGGCUGUACCAAAUCAUCAUCCCAGGAUUGUGCCAUUCUUCACUGACCUGACCUGACCACUGAAGUAGUCUACCAAUCUUUCUGCUGCCAUGAGAUGUGAGAGUUCAGAUUCAGAUCAUGUCUGACACUGAGGAAAUCGUGGAGGAGUACGAAGAAGAGAUGGAGGCUGAGGAGGAAGUGAAGGAGGAGGAAGAGCAGGAGGAGGCUGAAGAACAGGAGCAGGUAGAGGAGGAACCAGAAGAGGAGCCUGAGAAAGAACAGGAGGAAGAGGAAGAGGGAGAGCAGAAUGAAGAGGAGGAUUCCAAGCCCAAAGCUAAGAUGUACGUCCCUAACAUCGCACCACCCAAGCUGCCCGACGGCGAGAAAGUGGACUUUGAUGACCUUCACCGCAAGCGCGUGGAGAAGGACUUCAACGAGCUGCAGAGCCUGAUCGAGCUGCACUUCAACACCCGGCAGAAGGAGGAGGACGACCUGGUGUCCCUCCGCAGCCGCAUUGAGCGCCGCCGUGCCGACCGCGCCGAGCAGCUGCGCGAGCGCGCCGAACGUGAGCGUGAGCGGCAGGCGCGCCUCGCCGAGGAGCGCGCCCGACGAGAGGAGGAGGCUGCCAAGCUCCGUGCCGACGAGGAGGCCAAGAAGAAGAAGAUCAUUUCCAACAAGGGCUUCGGCAGCUACCUGCAGAGGGUGGACCAGAAGAGGGGCAAGAAGAUGACCGAGCGCGAGAAGAAGACCAAAGUGCUGACGGAGCGCCGGAAGCCGCUCAACAUCGACCACCUGAACCAGGACAAGCUGGCCGAGAAGGCCCGCGACCUGUGGGAGUGGCUGUAUCAGCUGCACUCCGAGAAGUUCGACCUAACCGAGCAGCACAAGAAGCAGAAGUACGAGGUCAGCGUGCUGCGCAACCGGGUCAGUGACCACCAGAGGGGCUCCAAGGCAGCCAAGACCACCAGGGCCGCCAAGGGCAAGACAGGCUCAAGGAAGUGAAUGCCUCCUUUGGGUGGCUUUUGUGUUGGGGAGUAGCUUAAAGGUUUGUCAUUGUUGCAUGUUUUGGCUCAUUUCCAUUGGACUCAUGACCAGUUUCAUUUGUAAGCCUAACAAGUCAUUAUGGAUGGUGAAACAAACAUGCUGUAAGACCACAGACUCUGUUACAGGCCUUUGUUGUUGAAAAUUGUAAAAUUUGCACAAUUUUAACUUCCACCAAGAUACCACUGAUAUAUAUAUUUUAAAAAGUAAUCUGAUGUGGAAUCACAAUGCUCAGCACAUCAGUAUUAUUAAAAUCCAGCAAAUGUUGGCCUUCCAGGGUAUAUUAUGUCACUGUUUCACUCCAGGAACAUAUGAGAGACAAUUAUUAUCACUGUUUGAACACAGAUGUUUAACAAUAAAGAAAAAUAAAAAUGAACACUAUUGUUUGUUGUGA